UCCAAAUUCAUGGAUCGAUUUCAUUUCUGGAUAUCAAUUAAUUGAUUCGUUCGCCAUAAAUGGCAACCGAUUCAAUGCCGUCGGAGAAAAAAAACUGUUCCGAUCCAUUUCGCCUCAAAAUCGCCUUUUAAAAAACGCCUCUCUCUCUCGUUCUCUCUCUCUCUCUGUUUCGAUCGUUCCUUCAAUUUCAAUUCAAUCGCGCUCUGUCUCUGUAAAUGGAUGCGUUAGGAUCAUAUCCGAUCAAUUUCAGUACCGGUAGGGUUCCGAUCUCGACCAGCGGCGAUGAAUCGAAGAAUCGCCCGAUAAGGCGGAAUAGGAUGGUCCAAGCGGCGGCAGAGUGGCUGAAACGGCGAUCCACGGUAGCGAAGAUCGCUAUUGCAGCGGCGGCGACGGUGUUGGCGUUGGUGACUUUGAAGGUGACUGUUAAGGAUCAUAAUUACUUCUUCAUCGCCGGUGCAGUCAUUCACGCUGCCGGUCUUCUCAUCCUCGCUUACAAGCUCACCACUCAUAAAACUUGCUCCGGUCUGUCGUCAAAAAGUCAAGAACUCACGGCGUUGUUCCUCAUUGUAAAAUUGGUGAGCGGGACAAUCCUGAGAAUUGACUUUUACUCAAUUUUGGAGUUCAUUACCCUCGUAUCCACGGUUUGGGUUAUCUACAUGAUUCGCUUCAAGUUGAAAAAUACCUAUGUCAAAUCCCUCGACAACUUCCAUUUGUAUUACGUGGUGGUGCCCUGUAUGGUUCUUUCUAUAUUUAUCUUUCCCCACGCACCCUAUAAUCGCUUCAUUAGAGUGUUGUGGGCAUUCAGUGUUUACUUAGAAUCCCUUUCAGUGUUGCCUCAACUUCGACUGAUGCAAAAUGCUAAGACGAUCGAACCUUUCACUGCUCAUUACGUGUUUGCUUUGGGAAUUUCUAGAUUCUUAGCUUUCGCUUAUUGGGUUAUUCAGGUUUACGAUUCUCGUGGACAAUAUUUUCUAUUGGUUGGCAAUGGUUACUUUUGGUUCAUGGCAGCGUUCAUUGCAGAAAUGAUUCAAUCCUUCAUCCUGGCGGACUUUUGUUAUUACUACAUAAAAAGCAUGGUGAAAGGACAAUUGAGGAUGCCCGUUUAGAGUCUUGAUUUUUAAAGUAUAUUUUAAAGAACGAACAUUAUAA